CAUGCAUCUGUGAUUCAUUGAAGAGUCGGAUCGUCCGUGUACGUGGAGAACGAGAGGACGGCGCGCGCGGCGUCGGGGGCCAUGGCAUAGAGAUCGUGUUUGAGCGUGACCAGCGCAGGCCGGGAGACUUCAUCAGCUGACCCGCAGCAUCCCUGACCGACUGCAGGUCUGAUAGUCGACCUGCGCUCGGCGUGUUAUGCUGCCGAGAGAGGACUCGGGUGACGGAGGAACUACAGCGCCAUGGCGGCAGAGAUCCAUCCCCGUCCGCAGACCCGAAAACCCGUCCUGCUGAGUAAGAUCGAGGGUUUUCAAGAUGUGGUGAAUACGGCUGUGAUCAUCCCCAAGGAGGACGGGGUUAUCAGCGUAUCUCAAGACAGGACAAUCCGUGUGUGGCUGAAGAGGGACAGUGGUCAGUACUGGCCCAGUGUCUUUCACACAAUGCCAGUGGCGUGUUUAUGCAUGUCAUUUAAUCCAGAAACAAGGAGGAUAUCUGUAGGGCUGGAAAAUGGCGCGGUAUCGGAGUUUGUUUUAUCAGAGGACUACAACCAAAUGACUCCUGCACGAACAUAUCAGGCUCAUCAGGGUGGCGUGACCGUGGUGCUGUUUGUCCUAGAGAUGGAGUGGGUUCUAAGCACGGGUCAGGACAAGAGCUUCACGUGGCACUGCUCAGAGAGCGGACAGCAGCUGGGCUCGUACAGGACCACGGCAUGGGUGUCUGGACUACAAUUUGAUGUGGAAACCAGACAUGCCUUCGUUGGAGAUCAUUCCGGUCAAGUGACGAUCCUAAAGCUGGAGCAGGACAACUGCAGCCUGGUCACCACCUUUAAAGGCCACACAGGCAAUGUCACAGCCCUGUGUUGGGAUCCUGUCCAAAGGGUUUUAUUCUCCGGAAGUUCUGAUCAUUCAAUCAUCAUGUGGGACAUUGGAGGCCGUAAAGGCACAGCCAUCGAGCUGCAGGGACACAAUGAUAAAGUGCAGGGUUUGUGUUACGCUCCUCACACACGUCAGCUCAUUUCCUGUGGCUCAGAUGGAGGAAUAGUUAUCUGGAACAUGGAUGUCACACGACAAGAGACUCCUGAGUGGCUCGACAGUGACUCGUGUCAGAAAUGUGAACAGCCAUUCUUCUGGAAUUUUAAACAGAUGUGGGACAGCAAGAAAAUUGGCCUGCGACAGCAUCACUGUAGGAAGUGUGGCCAGGCCGUGUGUGGAAAGUGCUCCUCUAAACGCUCCACCAUUCCUCUAAUGGGAUUUGAGUUUGAGGUGCGGGUUUGUGACAGCUGUCACGACUCCAUCACGGAUGAGGAACGUGCGCCCACUGCAACAUUCCAUGACAGUAAGCACAGCGUCAUACACAUGCAGUAUGAGCCAACCAGGGGCUGGCUGCUCACCUCCGGGACAGACAAAAUCAUCAAGCUAUGGGACAUGACUCCGGUGGUAUCGUGAGAAUCCCGUGUAACGUCUGCAAGCAGGAACUAAAAAUCGGCGCUGAACCGGAACCGAGAAUCAUGUGUUUGUGGAAAACGUUCAAAGUUCACGUCACUUUCCAUGGGCAGCUUCAUCUCAUGGAGGAAAAACUCAAGGAUGUCCUGAUAUUGAACUGAGCAUGUGCAUUUGUAUGUAUCUGUGCAUGUGCACGUGGGUUAUGGGAACAAACGUGUAAAUACUGUCCAGUUUAAAUCUGCUUAGUUCAGGUUGUUUAUAUUGACCAGUGUUGUUACGGUGUGUCGUCUCUGAAACUCCUCACAUUCUAAUAUCAUCUUAUGUCUUAUCCUAAACGUGAGUGAAUCCUUGUUACACUGCAUCAAAGCAUGUUGGAACUGUUUUAUAUUCAAGUGCCUUUACCGCAGCUCAAUCGGUGGUUUUGGCAUGGUUAAAUAGUAUCUGCUAUUGCAUCCUAUUUGACUCUUUAAAUGUAAGCACUUACGUUCCAGCAAAUUUAAUCGGAGGAUUUAAUGUGCACGUAAUCACAAAUGCUAUUGUUUACACAGGGUGAAAUUUAAUAAUGCUUCAUUAUAAUGAUAUCGUGUUUGAUCUUAUUAAAGCUGAUGUUUCAUAGGCAUGUCAUUACUGUAAGAAACAUGGCAUUUCAUUCUUUCUUUGGAUCAUAUAUUAUGGUGGCGAUUUAAUACGUACUUUAACUUUAUUUGUCAGGUGUAUUUGUUUUUGCGGUGGCCAUUGUGAAUGGCUCAUUAUGGUACGGAUUGAUAAAACUGGCACAAAACAAAUAUGCUUUACUUUGUAACUGCGUAAUUGCAAAUGUGGAAGUUGGAUUGCAUACUAGCUUUUAAAAAAGGAUGAAGUUGACAGAAAGGUUCAUUGUAAGUAUAUUUGAUCAAAAAUACAGUAAGGCAGUAACACUGAAAUGUUUACAGCUUAAAAGAACGGUUUUGUAUUUCAAUAUAUUUAAAAUAUAAUUUAUUCUCUUUGAUCGCAAAGCUCAGUUUUCAACAGUUUGGUGUGAUCAGAAAUCAUUCUAAUGUGCUGAUCUGUUGCUCAGAAAACACUGUAAAGAGUAAUGUAAUGAAAACAGUAAGUGCUACCUAAUUAUUUAUGUGGAAAAAUGGAUGCAUUUGGUGAUUCUUUGAUGAAAGAAAAGCAUUUACCUGGAAAAAGAAAUCUUGUUAAAAAAAAAAAGUAAUGAUUUCUUGUAAGAAUAAAAAAUAUUACUGACCCUAGUUUUUUUUUAAUGGUAGUAUAAAUGAUAAUAAUUGGAGUGAAAGUCUUUUUUUCAGUUUGAAUUAAACGUAUUGUUUUUUGUCAGUUUA